UCCGUCUAUAGUCCAAUUCCUUUUAACGACAAUUCUUCUCUCACCACUUCAUGUGCCCUCCAUCCCCUUUCUUCCUAAUUCAUAAUUUCAUUCUUUUUCUUUUUUCCUAAUAAAAGCACAAACAAAUAGGAAAGAAAGAAAUUUUGACCAAAAACAAAAAAAGAGUUUUGCUUUGUUGGUUGGGAGAGGGAGGACUAAGAAGAAGGUAAAUAGAUAGAUAUGAAUGUAUGAAUGAAUUUUGGAUGGUGGUGGGCAUAAGUCAUUCAUUCAAAAGAAGAAGAAAGAAGAGUGAGGGUGGGAGGCUAACAGCAGGCAACAGUAGAUGAUGCUUUGCGAAUCACUGCUGAGAGAUCGAAUACAGCCAUGGCUUCGUGAUUACGACAGGCUCCAGUCAUUCGCCGUCAUCCUCAUUUAUAUUCAGAUUGGUUGCGCAUUGAUCGGAUCCCUUGGAGCCUUGUACAAUGGCGUCUUGCUCAUCAACCUCGCCAUUUCAUUAUUCGCCCUCGUUGCCAUUGAGAGCAGCAGCCAAAGUCUCGGCCGUACCUAUGCUGUCCUCCUCGUCUCCGCUAUCUUCCUUGAUAUCUCCUGGUUCAUUCUCUUUACCCAUGAUAUCUGGAACAUUUCUUCUGGGAAUUAUGGAACAUUUUUUAUCUUUUCAGUAAAAGUCACUCUGGUAAUGCAAGUUAUUGGAUUUUCUGUUAGGUUAUCAUCGUCAUUGUUAUGGAUUCAGAUAUACAGGUUGGGGGUUUCUUAUGUAGACACUACAGUUCCUAGAGAAACCGAUUUUGAUUUAAGAAAUAGCUUUCUGAGUCCUGCAACUCCUGCCGUUGUUAGACAGACCUCAGGUUCUGAUGAUGUUUUAGGGGGCUCUAUCUAUGAUCCAGCUUAUUAUUCAUCCCUCUUUGAAGAUGGUCAAGAUAAUAGAUGUUUGCUUGGGGUACGACAUCUGUCACUUACAUAUGCAUAUCAUGCCUACUUAAGGAGGAGAAUGCAGCUGGCCAGCCUCAGACAGUUUGAAGAUGAGACGGGCAUUAAUGAUUUUUGUUCGCUUUGGGCAUCUGCUCCCCAUAUUUUGUGGAUAUUGGGUUUUGUUUCAUUCAUGAUACAACCAGAUUGUAUGUGGGAGUGGGGAUUUGUACAGUUUGCGAGACAAUCAAGCAAAUUUUCCCCCUAGAGAGAAGCUGGCAAUCACAGUAUGUAAAAGGUGACCACGUGGUUGAUUUAUUUGGGAAAAGGCUCAGAUAAGGUCCCAAAUUCCAAGAUAAAUGGUGCUCUGGAUACACUUUUCUGGACAUGCCAUCGCAUUAACAUUUUAACUGGGAUUAAUAUUAAUAGGGCGUAGAAUUUGGGCAUGCAAAUUAAGGAGUCCAGGAAAUUGCAGGAUUGUGGUUACCUCUUCUCUCUGUAACUUAUCUGAUUAUCUAUUUAUAUUUAUUUAUUUGUUUAUUUAUUUAUAA